CAUGUAAUCGCCGUUGUACUUUUUAAGUAUGGUAAAGGAUGGAUAUGUUGUCCUGCUAACGUGCUAGUGAUUUGGGGGGGAUAAUCCCAGGUUUCUUUGAAGUUGAGUGAUCGGGCUUUUUUUAAAAGCUUUGUUCACAGAUGCCGCUCCAUAAAUACCCACCCCGGCUGUGGGAAGUACUAAAGUUAAAGGAAGGUAUUUACAGCCGCUUACCAGCUCACUACCUUCGAUCAAUUCAGGAGACCAAGGAACCUACCCCUGUACAUUGGAAACCCCAUGGAGUCAAGUACAAACUUAAUCCCAAAACUGGACAGCGUGAACGAGUGCAGGAUGUACCCAUACCAAUAUACUAUCCACCUGAAUCCCAGAAAGGUCUUUGGGGUGGAGAAGGAUAUAUCCAAGGGUUUCGGUAUGCCAACAAUGACAAGCUUUCAACCCGUUUGAGAGUGACCUGGAAACCUCAAUUGUUUAGUCGUGAGCUGUACAGCGAGAUUCUUGACAAGAAAUUUAAAAUCAGUGUCACCAUGAGGACUUUGGAUCUCAUUGAUGCAGCAUAUGGUUUUGAUUUCUAUAUUCUUAAGACUGGCAAGGAGGAUCUAAAUUCAAAACUUGGGAUGGAUUUGAAGCGUGCAAUGUUGCUACGUCUAGCCAGGAAAGAUACAGACCUUUAUCCAGAUGAUCCAGCAAAGAGGGAGGCCAUCUAUAACAAGUACAAGGAAUUCAUGAUGCCUGAAGAAGAGGCUGAGUGGGUUGGACUGAGCUUAGAAGAAGCUGUAGAAAAGCAGCGGGUACUUGAAAAGAAGGACCCAGUGCCUCUGUUCAAAGUGUAUGUAGAAGAAUUAGUCAGGGAAUUUGCAGUCCAGAAACUCUCAGAGCCAGAGGUGGUGGAGAAAUCAUAAAGAUAUGGCUGGCCUCGUCUCAGAGAAUUGCUUCAUUCCUGUUCUUGGGUCAAACUUAUUUUGAUUCCUGAUGAGGCACCUUGUUAAAAGACAUGAAGAUGACCUUAUGAAUUGUUUCUUGGGUGUUACAAAAUGCACCUGCUAAACAGCAAACUGGCAUAAGAAUCCAAUUACCAAAACUGAAUAGAUGGAUCCAUGAGAUGAACUUGUUCAUUUAGUAAAGGUUAUCAGAGUUUUAUUUUCCCCUAAGGUCACUCUUUUUAAAGAUAAAUAUAAGUACAUGGCUUAAUGAACCGUCCAGAUCACUGGCACUUAAUGCUGCUUUUAACACAGAUGUCAGCGCAUAUAAAAGAUCUACAGAUGUGAGUGAAUGACAAGGUUGAAGUAACAGCUCUUGCCCUAUGUUAUGGCACAUUCCUUGUUAAAGCUGUGCCUUGGAAGAAUUGAAUAACUUCAUUAAAGUACUUAGUUCAUCGUA